AUGCACAAGCUGGGUGGGGGAGGCGGUGACAAAAGCACGGUCAAGGUCAAAUUCGAGAUCACAUUCAAGGGCGUGUCGGGCCUCGGGCCGGUGGGUGACAAAGAUGGAGCCAGGGAGGUCUACUUGGCGUGGAAGAGAGGAUCGAAGAAGGGCAACCGCGGCGAGACCAAGCAUGCGCCACUCGCUGCGGGCGCCAAAGACGCUGGCGCUGCCCAGUGGAACGAAACCUUCAGUGUCCAGGCCACGAUGCUCCUCUACGAACGCCUCAAGAAAUUUGACAAAAAGCUGAUUGAUGUCACCCUAAAGGAAGGCAAGAAGAAGAACGGCGGGGCGCAGGCCCAGCAGGCCGCCCAGGCCCAGCAGGCGGCCGAGGCAAAUGUGAGCAAGAACGAGCGCAAGAAGUUCAACCGGGAGAUCAACGCGCUCAAGGAGCAGCUCAAGAAGAGGGACGAGCGCGAGCACCAGCUCCAAGCCACCAUCACCCAGCUCGAGCAAACCACGGCGGCGGCCAAGGCUGUGCCACCACAGCCGGAGGCGACCACCACCACGACCAGUUCGAGCGGCACGAGUGGCGAGGAGAGCGCCGAGGACAAGAAGGCGGCCUUCAAGAAGCGACUGGAGCUGCAGCUGCAGAAGACCACCCCCGGCAUGCUGCCCGCCCAACGUCGCCGCGCACUCAGCGAUCCCGACCGAUCGAAUACCGAAACACCGGUGGAGUCUCGGUCUGAGAUCGUGAGGCCGACUGGUGAGCGAUUGGCGUCGAUGAGCAAGGACAAGCCCAUGCAGACCGGCAAGAGACCGCCGACGCGCGUGGGCGGGAGCCUCAUCAGAUCCCGCAGCAACUCGGAGGAAAGCGUCGCCAAGUUGCAACAGGAACUGUUGGCCAAGGACGAAGAGAUCCGUCAGCUCAAAGAAAAGCUGGACGCGUCAUCAGUGGCGGUGGCUGGUACGGCAGUGGCGGAGGAGGAACUGGGCAGGCUGCGCGAUGAGCUGGAGAGCGUGCGUGCGGCUAAGGAGCUCAAGGAAAAGGAACUGGAGAGCCGGCUCAGCGCGCUCGACCACGACCUGGCCGAGGAGCGCAAGCGCACCGAGCAGCUGCUCGCCGCCCGUGCGAGCGGCGAGGAGCAGGAGACCGCCCAACGCCAGGCACUCCUCGACACCGAGACCGAGCGGCUCAAGGCCGAGCUCCAUCAGAAGGACGACCAGCUCAAGCUCGCCGCAACCCAGCAGCAGGACAUGCUGCGCGAGGAGGAGGAGAAGGUGAAGGCCCAGGAGGCCGAGCUCGAGCGCCAGCGCGCCCAGGCGGAGGCCCUGCGCGAGCAGCUCGCGGCGGCCGAGGCCGAGACUGGCGCCCUGCGCGAACAGACGCAGACGCUCGAGGCCGACGCCACUGUCCUCACCGUCUACCGCAACAUCCUCGACAGCGUACAGAAGGACAUCGAGCCGUACCUGUUGCCGGCGAUUUUGGCGCAGCCGGCGAGCGUGUUCUCCAACACGUCCGACCGAAAGAGCUCGGCAUCAGCCAAGCUCCACGAGCUGCUCCGAGACUCGCUCAACACGCCGGAAGACAUCAUGCGGGUGCUGGACGGGCUGCUGGAGCGGUUCCGGCAGGCGGACCUCUUCCCGUCCGUCAUCAAGCAGCUCUGCGUGCAGAUCUUCUACUGGCUCGACAUCUCCCUCUUCAACUACCUCGCCAAGACCGACAAUCUGUGCACGUGCGGUAACGGAUUCCAGAUCAAGUACGCUCUGGCCGAGAUCGCCCAGUGGUUCUACCAGCCUUCCGUGACGCCCUACAUCGACUCUGCUACCGCGCGGACGAUGCUGGUGCGAAUCAACGAGGCGGUGAACGUGUUGGUGAUGGACCGCUCCAUCUUCUCGAACGAGAGCAUCGUGCGCGAGGUGUUCCCCACUCUCAACCCCGUGCAGCUCAUGCACCUCCUCGACUCCUUCCGCCCCGACGAGGUAUCGUCGGAGCUGGUGCCAACGGAAGCAAAGCAGUUGCUGGCGCGCAUGGCAGGCAAGGCGCGGAACACGACCAUGUUCCUUCAGUUCGACACCUCUGUGCUGCUGCCCUCCGCCUAG